AAGGAGGAGAGGAGGCAGCUAGCUAGCAGGCUAGCAAGGAGGGAACAGGCAGGGUUUUAUUACGGAUUUCAUACACACACACACAGCCAGCGCCGAAACCUAAGCAAUCGACUAAACAAGCAGUCAUCCACACGACCUCGUCAGCUCUGUUUCAGCGCCGUGGAAUGCGGAUGUCUACAAAGGGUGUCUCUUCAACCUGGCAGCAGUGACGGGCACAGUAGCAGUGGUGUGCCAGCACACGGGCGUCCCAUGAGCUUUCUGUCGGCCUGAGCAGUGCACUGUGGGCACGGCCCUGGUUUCCCUGGAACUCGGCGUCCACGGCGCUGCUAUCAUGGAUCACCCCAGAGAGAAGGAGGCUGAGAGACCAGCAAGGAGCAGUAAAGUGGCGCAAGGGCAGAGCCGGCACUCGCGGCCCUCCAGUUCUUCCACGUCGUCCGGUGUCCUCAUGGUGGGACCGAACUUCCGUGUUGGGAAGAAGAUUGGCUGCGGAAACUUUGGGGAGCUAAAACUCGGAAAGAACCUCUAUACCAACGAAUAUGUUGCUAUCAAAUUGGAACCUGUGAAAUCCAGGGCGCCACAGCUACAUUUGGAAUACCGGUUUUACAAAACAUUAGGGAGCACAGCGGAGGGACUUCCACAGGUGUACUAUUUCGGGCCGUGUGGGAAAUUCAAUGCCAUGGUCCUGGAGCUGCUGGGCCCCAGCCUGGAGGACCUGUUUGACCUGUGCGACCGCACCUUCUCCCUCAAGACGGUCUUAAUGAUAGCCAUACAGCUGAUCUCCCGCAUGGAGUACGUGCAUUCCAAGAACCUCAUCUACAGGGAUGUGAAGCCAGAGAACUUCCUCAUUGGUCGGCAAGGGAACAAGAAGGAGCACAUCAUUCACAUCAUCGACUUUGGCUUGGCCAAAGAAUACAUUGACCCUGAAACCAAAAAACACAUUCCUUACCGGGAGCACAAGAGUCUCACUGGCACGGCCAGAUACAUGUCCAUCAACACACACCUGGGGAAAGAGCAAAGUCGGCGGGACGACCUGGAAGCAUUAGGGCACAUGUUCAUGUAUUUCCUGCGAGGCAGUCUCCCCUGGCAGGGACUAAAGGCGGACACGUUAAAAGAACGGUAUCAGAAAAUUGGGGAUACCAAAAGGAACACUCCUAUCGAAGUUCUCUGUGAGAACUUUCCAGAGGAGCUGGCUACUUACCUACGCUACGUGCGGCGGUUGGAUUUCUUUGAAAAGCCAGACUACGAGUACUUGAGGAAUUUGUUCACUGAGCUGUUCGAGCGCAAAGGAUACACUUUCGACUACACCUACGACUGGGUCGGCAGGCAAAUUCCCACGCCUGUCGGGUCGGUACACGUGGACUCCGGCGCGUCGGCUGUGACCCGCGAGAGCCACACGCACAGGGACAGGCCCUCCCAGCACCAGCCCCUGCGGAACCAGACGGCCGCUUCCGACCGCAGAGGAGCAUGGGAGGUGCAGCCCAACCGCCAGGCAAACUCCUACCUGACCUCCCACCUGGCAUCGGACAGGCACGGGGGCUCAGUGCAGGUGGUAAGUUCGACGAAUGGGGAGCUGAACGCAGAAGACCCGCUGGCAGGCCACUCCAACGCGCCCAUCACAGUGCAGGCCGAGGUGGAGGUGGUGGACGAGGCUAAGUGCUGUUGCUUCUUCAAGAGGAAGAGGAAGAAGAACACCCCUCGGCACAAAUGAUGACGCGGCCCCCUCCAGCCAGCCCUUUCCUUUUGGUUGUUUUAAGAGCGCUCAAUAAAGAAAUGUUAUUCCAAACGAAGACAAGAGAACGCCCUCGGAAGUGAAUGGCCUCAAGGGAACUCUGCCUACAGGAGAGAAGAGACGUGCACGUGUGCACGUAUCUUCCCUCUCUGGAAUGUAAUGUGGAUGGCAGGCCUCACAGACAGGUUCCCUGUGUUGGGAUAUAUGCCCAUCAUUUUGGAUCUCGAAGCACUGGAACAACAUUGCACUCCUUCAUUCUUCAUGCUUCUUCUUGUUGUCUCUUCUUUUUUGUGUGUGCGUGCAUGCGUGUUCCCCCUCUAUAGCACCCACCCCCGCCCCCGUGCCGGGUGGCGGCGGCUCUGUGAACAUGGCCACAGACACAGCAGCUCUGGAAUGGUCUGGAGGGAGCAUCUCAUUCAGAGGAGCUUCAUCCACGUUGGAGUUCACAUACUAAACCUUCUCUGCUCUCCCAAACCCUGACCCCCCCCACCUUUAACCCAGGCUCAUGUGCUGCCUGCUCUCCCACCAUGCGAUGCCGGGUGUUGUUAGCAACCGGCCUUUCCUUCAUCCCGCCCCUUUGUUUCGCAUCUGAUCGUUUUUACCACAAUUUCUGCUCCUCCUGAUUGUGUGGUCGAAGCCUUAGAAUAUUGCUAACAGAGUUCCUUUUGUCUAUUUAUUGGAUUGCGUCCACACAAACAUCUUAAACGGGCGGUGGGAGGUAGCUAACUGUCUUAACAAUGCUAACACGCCUUCCUGUGUGGCCACUGUAAAUGUGUUAAGUAAGCAGCCAUGUGUGAAGUGAUAAUAGCGGCUGCACUGGUAUCUUUGUCUUCAUGGCCUUUGACCCUUGUGGCGAUGUGCGGCCUCGCUGCAUUCUAGGGGGGAGCGCGCGAGACGGCUUGAGCCCCCAUCCUGGUGUCACAUGCCCGAGACUCUAGUGAAUGGUAUUUAAGCUGCUUGUUCUAAAGCACUCCACCCACUACGCCAUACCAGCCAAUCAUGCUGCUUUCUCCUCUCGUGACAUCGUAGCGCUUUUUCACAUGAAACUGGUCUUUUCUAUUAGCUGGGAUUCUGAGCUGAACUUGCCAGUCAGACACACCAACUCUGCUGUGCUCUGUGGUUCUCUUUAUAUCAGAAACACACUCCUCAGACUCAUCUGGUUUGUAUGACCCAUCACCUGGCUUGAAUGUGUUAAAAAAAAAUUAAUUAAAAAAUUGAUUACUAUUGUUAUUAUAAUGCCAUAUCAUUGGAAAUUAUUGUAACUGUUUAAUGUGCCAGGGCGGCUCUUUUGCAAUCAGUCACAGAUUGUGGUUUUGUUUUUAUUUUUUGGGUUUUUGUUUUUUUGUUUGUUUUUUUUGUCUCUGAAGUAUGUGCUUGUUAAAUGUAUGAACAGAGAAUCAUAUAGGUGUGACGGUUGAUGGGGAGUAUGCUCUGAAAAUAAUUCGUAACAUGUAGAAAUGGCUGUUGAGGAGGUCUUCGCUUGGCUCGUAGCAGUCUAAGUGAGUGCUUCCAAUUUGUGUGCCCCACUCUGAACUCUGCUCUGAAUCUUUGAGAGGGGAACUUUGGAGCAUGUGCAGACUGCUGGUAACUCGAGCACCGUUGUCAAGACAGACGCUCAAACUGCCACUGCGAAACGUCUCGGCCCGAUGCCUUAACUGACACUACACCACAGGGCCCUGGCGGGUUGCACCCAGGACUCUGCAGCAAGACACUACGGAACUCCUUGCUUGCCUUUUUUGCUAACACGGUAGAUGGGCGAC